AUGUCCGCUCAAGGUACUCCCUCCAAGAAGGCCGAGCCCUUCGAGCAACUUCAGCCGAAGGGGUGGCGGUACCUCAAGAAGAUGUCCGCCGCGACUAAGUCGACUCUCAUUCAGGCCGAGAAGGUCAAGCCCAAGGUCGUCGACGUCGAUCCGGAGGAGUUGGACCUCGCCUUUAGGCGAAACCAAGUUACUACGGUCAACGCGUUGGUCGCCCAAUGCCAGGGGGGUUGGAAGUUCGCCUGCCAACCCUGCUUCGAAUUGGCGACUACCGGGAACCACCGCGCCCGAGUCGACGGCGAAUGGGUCGACUGCAUUCGUGUCAGCCAAACGUGGUUGUGCAGGCACGUCCUCGCUACUCCGGGAGAGACCUCCCGCGCUUCCUCCUGCUACUUGUGCAGGGUCAAUGCAGGCCGUCCCUGCACCCCCAUGAACCCCGGCGUCGUCACGGCUUUCCGACACGAUAUCGGAGUUCGACACAGGGUUCGCGCCGGGUUGCUGUACAUCCAGGAUCCUGCGGUGUCGCAAAGGAGUCUCUUCCCUCAUAUCCCCGCUCCUUCCGUCUUCCACGUGGAGCACGAACUCACCGCUCGGUUGGCCGCCCAACACGCUCCGAACGCCGUCCCCGCCGGCUUGGUCGCCACCGACGUCAACGUCGACCUCGACAUCGCCGGUUCCGAUGUCGUUACUCCCGGUUCGCCUGCGCCUACCAUCGUCGAGGGAGAGGACGUGGAGGACCUCGAUCUUGAGGACGACCGUUCGGACGACGAGGAUACCAGCAUGGGGGACGGGAGCGACAGCGAGUCGUCGAGCUCGUCCGGAUCCUCGACUUCGGGGUCUUCUUCUUCGGAAUCUGGUUCGGGAUCUGGUUCGGGGUCUGGUUCGGGAUCGGGUUCGGGUUCGGGCGGGGAGUAA